AUGGGGAGGCCACCAUGCUGUGACAAGCCUGGGAUUAAGAAAGGACCAUGGACUCCUGAAGAAGACCUCAUACUUGUGUCUUACAUUCAGGAGCAUGGCCCUGGAAACUGGAGAUCUGUUCCUAUUAACACAGGGCUUCUGAGGUGCAGUAAAAGUUGCAGACUUAGGUGGACUAAUUAUCUUAGGCCGGGAAUCAAGCGUGGAAGCUUCACUCCACAUGAAGAAGGAAUUAUAAUCCAUCUCCAAGCCAUGCUUGGCAACAAGUGGGCUGCCAUAGCUUCCUAUCUUCCUCAAAGAACAGACAAUGACAUCAAAAAUUACUGGAACACACACCUUAAGAAAAAGCUUAUAAAGCUGCAAGAAACAUUAGGAUCUCAUAAUCCUCUCGCCAUUGAAGCAGCAGCAGUAAACACAGAGUUCACCGGAGUUCAGCUACAGCAACAGCAUCCUUUCUCUUCAUCCACCUAUGCUUCCAGCACAGAUAACAUCUCAAGGCUGCUUGAAGGGUGGAUGAGAUCAUCAGAGAAGAACAGCAUGCAAUCUUCUGCAAUUGACAUAAAGAACAGUAGUGAUGGUUUGAUAUGUCAUGAAGAGUUCUGCGAUGUGAAGUUCCCGGAGAUGAUGCCGGCGACUGCCGAGGCGGUGGUGGAGGUGGAGCAUAAUCGAUCACUGACUUUCUUGGAGAAGUGGUUGUUUGAUGAUGGUACAGGGCAGGUUGAUGGAUUCAUGGAGCUGCCCUCAGAUCAACUUAUUUGA